UGUGGUUCCUGUUUUGCUUGAGGACAAGGAGUAGGAGGGAUGAGGGGGCUGCUAAGAGCCCUGGCUUCUCAUUUCAGGGUCAUUAAUUCUUCCCUAAGAGGAAGAAGGGGCUACACUGGUGACUCCAACGCCUAUUCCUUCACCUGUAGUCAUUCUUGCGAAACAACACUUGGCUAAGUUUUGUAUUGCGGUUAUUUACGUCUACCUCCCACCCUCCUCUGAGUUCCUCAAAGGCAGAGGUCAUGUAUGACCUGUUGCUGAAUUUCUAGAGCCCUGCAUGGGUAGUAGGUUCCCAUUUAUCUUUGGUUGAGUGAUCUGGGAAGCAAACCAAAGUGGGUACAUUUCAAACAGCCCUCUGAGGCCCUGGUGGUGAGAAAGAGCUGAGACAGGUGGGCACCAACUGCUGGAAGCUCACAGAAGAGAUCGGCAGGGGAAGGACGCAAUGAAGAAAAUUCAGGAUGCUGCUUUAUCACCUGGAGGAAGUUUUAAAGCAGUGGUUCCAGGGUUCCCUCGGCCUCUCUCUGUCCCACGCCCGGAAGCUGGGAAGGUCUAAAGCGAAGACAGGGAGAAGACCCGGAAGUGGGGCCGUCCUUCAAGCACGUGAUGAGGGAACACACCGGUGCUGUCACGUGACUCGCCGUUCCUGGGUGCUGAAUGUUUAGCUGCUCUUAAAGGUACAGGCUGCUGGGCCCCCUGCAUUAGACGGGGCGGAGGCAGAGUCCGACCGGUGGGUCUUGGUGGGGCGUUCGAGGGCGCGAGAUGGAGCCCGGGGUUAGGGCCGUGGCUCGCCGGGCGCGAGUGCAGCGGAGAAGCCGGAGCUGGGACCGGCAGUGGGGCGUUGAUCCUUCUCACCUGUCACAGCCCCUCAUCCGCCCCAUCAGGGCCAACUCUGAACUCUCGCUGACUUUGGACCCUUCGGGGGACCUCAACUUGAUGCCAUGGGAGGCUGCGCGGGCUCGCGGCAGCGCCUUUCGGAUUCGGAGGGACCGUCAGGGCGCCCAUUGGAAGAACGCGGUGGGCUUCUGGCUCCUGGGCCUCUGCAACAACUUCUCUUAUGUGGUGAUGCUCAGUGCUGCCCACGACAUCCUUAGUCACCAGAGAGCACCUGGGAACCAGAGCCACGUGGACCCAGACCCAACACCCACCCCUCAUAAUAGCACAUCUCGAUUUGACUGUAACUCUGUCUCCACGGCUGCGGUGCUCCUGGCAGACAUCCUUCCCACCCUCAUCAUCAAAUUGCUGGCUCCUCUUGGCCUCCAUCUGCUGCCCUACAGCCCCCGGGUUCUCACCAGUGGGAUCUGUGCCGCUGGAAGCUUCAUCUUGGUCGCCUUUUCUCAUUCGGUGGCAACCAGCCUGUGUGGUGUGGUCUUGGCUAGCAUCUCUUCAGGUCUGGGGGAGGUCACCUUCCUCUCCCUCACCGCCUUCUACCCCAGGACCGUGAUCUCCUGGUGGUCCUCGGGUACUGGGGGAGCCGGGCUCCUGGGGGCAUUGUCCUACCUGGGCCUCACCCAGGCCGGCCUCUCCCCCCAGCACACCUUGCUGUCCAUGCUGGGUAUCCCCGCCCUGAUGCUAGCCAGCUAUUUCCUGUUGCUCACGUCUCCUGGGUCCCAGGACCCUGGAGGGGAAGAGGAGGCAGAGACAGCAGCCCGGCAGCCCCUGAUAAAUAGCGAGGCCCCCGAGUUGAAGCCAGGCUCCGGCUCACACCUGUCCCUUCAGGAAAGGUGGACUGUGUUCAAGGGCCUGCUGCAUUACAUCGUCCCCCUGGUGCUGGUUUACUUUGCUGAGUAUUUCAUCAACCAGGGCCUUUUUGAACUCCUCUUCUUCCGGAACACGUUCCUGAGUCAUGCUCAGCAGUACCGCUGGUACCAGAUGCUAUACCAGGCUGGCGUCUUUGCCUCCCGCUCCUCUCUCCGCUGCUGUCACAUCCGCCACACAUGGGCCCUGGCCUUGCUACAGUGCCUCAACCUGGUCUUCCUGCUGGCGGACGUGUGGCUGAGCUUCCUGCCCAGCAUCUACCUCGUCUUCCUGAUCAUUCUGUAUGAGGGGCUCCUGGGAGGAGCGGCCUAUGUGAACACCUUUCACAAUAUUGCCCUGGAGACCAGUGAUGAGCAUCGGGAAUUUGCCAUGGCAACCGCCUGUGUCUCUGACACCUUGGGGAUCUCGCUCUCAGGGCUCCUGGCCCUGCCUCUGCACGACUUCCUCUGCCGCCUCUCCUGACACUGUAGCUCCUUGGGACAUAGGACACAUUGACCUGGACCCACACUGACCAGUGGGCAGGUCGGACCGACCCGAGGCCCACAGCCCGGAGCCCAUCCAGGAGCUCUGCCCCCGAUCCUCCCUGCAUGGCUGGGAUGUGGGAAAGUGCUGAGGCCCUGUUCCCCUCUGAUGGAGGAGCAGCAAUUUUCUCCCAGUCCCAAGCUGGUUUGGGGAAUUUCUUGGUGUCAUGCCCUGGGAAUAAAUGCCUAUUUUAUCAAUUGA